UGGACUGGACUGAGUAGUCAGUAACCACACCCACAGCUUUUAAAUACGGGCUUGUGAAAGAACCCUCACACACACGGGCAACACCAGGAACAGAGGAAUAGGGAUUAACUUAACAUUGGUCUGUCACAUCACAUCUUGCCUGGCUGUUGGAAGGUUAGAAGAUGGCUGUGAAUAAGUGUAUCAAGUACUUGCUCUUCCUCUUCAAUCUAAUGUACUGGAUCAGUGGCUGCAUCAUUCUUGGUGUCUCCAUCUACCUCAAAGUGAGCAUGAAUGGAAACAUGAUAAUGGAUGAGGAAGUGCCAAUUGACCUGCUGAUAGCUGCUGGUGUCAUCAUCAUGGUACUGGGCAUCCUGGGCUGCUGUGGAGACAUUAAGGAAAACCGAUGCAUGCUCAUUCUGUUCUUCAUCGGGCUGCUCCACAUCUUCAUCCUCCUGUUGAUCGCCGGAAUCCUGGGAGUUGUCAGAGAGAAGGUGGUGUUGGAGGACGGGAGACUGACGGAGCAGCUACCACCGGAGGACGAGAAAUAUGAAGUGAAGAUGUGCAAAAAUGCAGGAGGACGAAAAGGGUACUCAACGCCUUGUGUCAAGAUUUCCAAGAAGAUCGUGCCUGGGACUGCUUUUAGUAUCGCAGUCUUGAUACUCUUUCGAAUGUCCUUCAUCAUGACCCUGUACAGCCAGAUUGGGAAGAGGGACGCCAACACUGCUCUAAUGCAGCAACACGUGAUACACUUGAUCUAGGGUUGUGGUCAAGUUGAAUUGGAAGUCAUCAAUUCAGGAAGUCAACUGAAAUUCCAAUACAAUAAUUGAAAAAACAGGAUCUAUUUUCAAUGAUUUCUCAAACUGAAAAGCAGAAGUUAUUUAUUCCAAGUUUUUACAUUAGCAAUGUUAAAUACAAUUCACUUCCUCAAUUGACUGACUUCAAUUCAAAUUGACCCCAAUCAUGACUUAAUCAAAAACUGACUUUGACAUAUCCCAUACAGCAUGCAUUCAACAUGUACUUUAUACUGAAGGUCAGGGUUGGGGUUCAAAUCCAGUCAAUUCAGGAAGUACACUGAAAUUCCAAUUCUCUUCAAUGAGGAACAUGUGGAAUGGAAUUAGGUCUGCUUUGUGAAUUGACUGGACUGGAAAUGGAAUGGACCCCCAACCUGCUGAACAUCACUAUGGACCGCAUUGCAUCAUGCGUUUCUCGAUCAUAUACCUGCAUCAAACGAUGCUCUUAUUUGGGUUUCAGAUCUUUUUAAAUUACGGCAGUUUCUUCACUUGUGAAGUUGAUUGAUCCAUAUCUCAUUGAAAAUGAAUUUGUGUAUUUUUUUUUAAGGGAGCUCUGUUUCAUUGUCUACUGUUCUACGUCUCUCUCUGAAUUAGAGGGCUUUGCUGUCCAUACACUGAACUUGGUAUUAUUCAUGCUAAAAUGUUUACAAAUUUUCCCAUUUUAUUGCUAUCAUCUGGUAGAUAUUAAAGUCUGACAGUAAUAUUGAUCACGCUGUAUAUACAUUUACCUGUUAUAUAUUUGAGUUGUAUAAUGACUGCAGUACAUGUCAGAAUGUCUUCUGUUCAAGGCCUGUGACCAAAGUCUUUAUGGCUGUUCCCCUUUUGAGUCACAUCAGAAAUAAAGAAGUAGUAAUUCA